ACGGGUGCAGUUCCCGGGCUUGUGGGCCGCCUGAGUACUGUGUGUGCGGGAGGGAUAGACAGGACAGGGUAACUGCAUGUGCAGAGAGGAGGGCAAAUGGAAGCAUUAUAUGGAGCUGAAGUCUGUAUCGUCUGUUACUGACAACGCGUUCUAAUAAUCCCAGUCUGUGCAUUGUACUGAAGAGUGAUGGAGAAGAAAGGGCUGAACCCGGCUCCUUUGUUCUUGCCUCCCACAGGGAUGGAUCGCACUGGGCUGAUCCCUCCUUCACACUUUGAAAUGCGUAGACCGGGGUCGACUCCUCCCCCUUUAGUUCCCAGUUCUGCGCCAUCAGCUGAUUCCCAGGCCUGGGCAGAACUGAAAAAAGAACUGGAAAAACUGAAACAGGAAAAUGAGGCGCUAAAGAUAAGGCAAGACAGAGGAGAUGGACCACGGGCCAGGACUCUGGAUUAUCUUUCUUCUGAUGUCCCACCUACUGAAUCACGGGCUCUGGAAAUUAUCGCCCAUCAGAUGAGAGAGAUCCGCAAACUGGAACUGGCAGUAGCUGAUGCCCACAAAAAGGAGGAGGCCCGGCAGCGGUUGUUGCAGGAAGUGCAGAUAUUAAAGGAGGAGCGCACAGAGGCUGAGCAGAGAGAGGAGAGGAGGAAGCAAGAGGAAGAAAGGAGAAGGCAAUUGGAAGAAGCUGCAGAAAGGAGGCGGCAGGAUGAGCUUCUACUGUUGUCAGAGCAGCACAGAAUGCAGUUAGAUACCCUGAGAGGCCAAGUGAGUGAAUUGGAGAUGGCGCUACAGGAAGUACAGAAGCAGAAAGUACAGGAAGUCGCAUAUCUAAGAGAAGAGCUUCAAUCAGCCAAUGAAAAGAGAGUGAAUUUGGAAAAUCAGUUGAGCCAAUCACACAUCGAAUUGGAGUCGCAGAAUUCUUUAGUUCAGCAGCUAAGGACCUAUAUAGGAGAGCUUGUACCGGAUAAUCGCCACACCGAGGAACAGAGGAGAGAGAUAGCGGAACUCAAGAGUACGAUUCAGACUCUGGAGAAAGAGCGAGAAGCUUUGCAGACCUCCAUGUCUCUCCUGCAGACUCGUCUGUCCUCUCUCACACACAUAUUGUCGCUACAGGAAAGCGAUCUCUGCAAAAAGGCAGGAACACACAUGGAUGGUCAGAAAACACAGCUGCUGCUGAAGCGAUGGAGAGAGAAAGUGUUCAGUUUGAUGGUGCAGCUAAAAUCGGAAGAAAUCAACAAGGAGAGCGAUGAACAGAAGAUCCAAGAGAGGAUCUGCUCACUUGAAAAUUCUCUGCAAGAGAGUAAUCAGCAGUUGGUUCUUCACUCACAUGCCCUGCAGGACCGAACAGCUGAACUAGAAAUUGAGCGGCUUCGAAUCAAGUCUCUGCAGGAUGAGUUGUGUGCCGCACAUACUACAUCUACCCACCUUACCAGGCGUGCUGAGAAAGCAGAACAGACAUCGCUCAAGCUGAAAUCAAUGAUUGAUGGUUUUGUGCAGGCACUGGACUCUCAGGAAAAGACCUUCAGGGGAGCUCUGCAGCGACUGGUUACUCUGGGUCAGAGGGUUUCCUUUGCUACCAAGAGAGUAGACACUAUACAAGGUAUGGUAGCACAAAGACUUACCCUGGUGAAGUUGGCACAGGAUGAGAAACCUAAACAUACAGUCCUGGAGGAUGAUGGAUGUCCAUCUUACGAAGACCUAAAGAAUGAAGUACAGCUUCUGAAUGAAGAGAGAGACCGCCUGAGCACUGAACUUAAGCGCAGCGCUCUCAUCCUAGAGGGGAGAGUGACAGAGACCAGAGAGAAAUUGGAAGCUGAGAUAGCAGAGUGUCAUCACACGGCCUCACUUCUCCGCCAGUCUCUCCACGAGACAGAAGAGAGGGAGAAAGUCCUGACAAUGCAAGUAACUGAGCUGGAGAGGAAACUGCAAGAAGCGUAUGAAACUGCUGAACAGCUGAAAGAACAACUGCAGGAUCAGAAAGGGGAAUAUGAGAGAGAGCUGCAGCACAAGGUGAGGGAAGUGGAGGAGAAGACAACUCGGCAACUGGCUGAGAUGGAGAAACAUCUGCAUGAGACAAGAAGAGAGCACACCAAAGCUGUUGUGGCUCUUCGUCAGACAGAACGGCAGAUGCAGCGGGAGAGGAAUCGGAGUCAGGAAACAAUGCGUACAUUAGAAGAUGCCGCACGAUUGCGAGAGGAGCGGCUAACCGGACAGCUACGGGAUGCAGAAAGGGACAAAAACCUCAUGACUGCCACGCUGCGGCAGGAGGGAUUAUUGGUCACAUACCAGAAAAAUCGGACAGCUGCGAUCCAGUCUUCGGUUAUCCGCACUGAGGAGGACCAUAGGCCAGCUGGUACUCCAGGGGCAGCAGGAAGUAAAGAAUCUCUCUCUAAUAUGCUGGCCAAUCUGCAGAGCCUUGGAGCUGCUCUACUUAAGGAGGAUGUUGAUAAUGAAGAGGAGGAUGAAGAGCUGAUGUAA